CAUGAAGUCCCUGCUCUUCAGCCGCUUCCUGCUGCUGCUGCCCUGGGUGCUCAUCGUCAUCAUCGUGCUGGACAUCGACAGCAGCCGGGCGCCGCUGCCCGCGCUGUCCCCCCGCGGCGGGGCGGAGGGCGGUAGCGGCGGGGCGCGGCCGCCCGCCCCGCGACGGCGGCCCGAGGCCGCGCUGCCCACCAUCUAUGCCAUCACGCCCACCUACAGCCGCCCGGUGCAGAAGGCCGAGCUCACCCGCCUGGCCAACACCUUCCGGCAGGUGUCGCGGCUCCACUGGAUCCUGGUGGAGGACGCGGCGGCGCGCAGCGAGCUGGUGACCCGCUUCGUGGCGGGCGCCGGGCUGCCCUGCACGCACCUGCACGUCCCCACGCCGCGCCGCUACAAGCGCCCGGGGCUGCCCCGCGCCACCGAGCAGCGCAACGCCGGCCUGGCCUGGCUGCGGCAGCGGCACCAGCACCUGCCGCCCCCGCAGCCCGGGGUGCUCUUCUUCGCCGACGAUGACAACACCUACAGCCUGGAGCUGUUCCAGGAGAUGCGGACGACGCGCAAGGUGUCCGUGUGGCCCGUGGGGCUGGUGGGAGGCCGGCGCUACGAGCGGCCGGUGGUGGAGAACGGCAAAGUGGUCGGCUGGUACACGGGCUGGAGAGCUGACAGGCCCUUCGCUAUCGACAUGGCAGGAUUUGCUGUGAGUCUUCAAGUGAUCCUGUCGCAUCCCAAAGCCGUAUUCAAGCGUCGUGGUUCUCAACCAGGAAUGCAAGAAUCUGAUUUUCUGAAACAGAUAACAACAGUGGAAGAACUGGAGCCAAAAGCAAACAACUGCACAAAGGUUCUUGUGUGGCACACCCGAACAGAGAAAGUGAAUCUAGCUAACGAGCCAAAGUACCACCUGGACACAGUCAACAUUGAGGUAUGACAAUGAGGGGGGGACAGUCCCACGCAAGAGCAGGACAGUGGACGCACCAGCGCGUGUUCCGGUUCGGACAGCUAAAGUCAUCAGCUUCUGCCUGAGACCUGACAGACUGCUGUGGAAACAAAAGGAAGCUUUCAGAGACUCUAAUAAGCAAAUCAAGUGGGUGUGCUUUGUUCUAACUUGUCUGCAUGCAUUUCUGAGCUCUCAGCUUAAUAAACUGACACUUUGUUUUAACGCUGUUUCCACAUAGAUAAACAUGGCUGCAAUGGAGUAUUUUCAAAAUCAUUAUUUAUGUAUAUAUUUUUUGUAUUUAUCCAGCUUAAUGGUGCAAUUAUAAACUGAUUUUAACUCA